ACACAUGGUUUACUGCAUAAAAGGAGACGGAAAUGAGUCAACCAAAACAUAAAACGUCAAAUCCAUUCUAUCAAGUUGUGCACCCCCUGAUUUAAGAUUCAGGAGAUGGUACGGUUUUUGUCCGACCCUUAUUGUGUAACACAUUAUUUACUGACCAUUACUCAUGCGUGUUCAUCCUAGCUUCAGGAAAAAGGAUAUGUGUGUACAUUUUCUUGAACGUUCUUACUGUAAAAAAGACUUCUGCCUUUUGUUUUAUUUAACAGAUCAACGAAUAUUUAAUGAAAUUAAUUAAUCAUGUGUGCCGAUCAAGGCAUCGAUGCUGGUGGGCAGAUAUUCCAUUUUAUCCCGAUAGGGGGCGUUGUGCCCCCAUUACGUCUACCAGGCGUGAGGCGCGUCCGUGACAACCACAACAGACGGAGACAUCUUAUGUGCUGGUGCACUGCGUGGUGGUUCCUGUGUAGUAUUAUAUACAAACGACUAGAAUAUUUCUCACAUCAGACAGUCGAUCGAGCAGAUCUCUUCUGUUUACUACCCCAGGGUAACAAUGGCGGAGAAGCGCAGAUCGGGUGGGACUGCGGUUCUGCCCGAGGUCAAACCAACCCAGUCAGAGAGCGACAGGCUGCUCCUCUCUCAGCUCGGAGUCGGGGAGCUGCUCCGCGGGGCAAUUCUGAAGAUGGUGGAAUCCAGGUCGGACGAUCCCAUCGGGUUCCUAGCCGACCACUUCUGCAACCUCGCCUCCGUGUCGGAGAGCGCCGGGACGCCCGGCGUCUCUGACGGUGACCAGGUGAACGGCGUGCCGAGCGCAUGCGCACAGGAGCAGCAGCAUCUCAACAGAGCUCUGUGGCAUCUGCGACUAGCCCAUCACUCCCAACGCUCCGCCUUCAGCAACAACCUGCUGCUGGCCUACGACCUGCUGAGCCACCCCACCUCCGCGCCCCCCGGGGGCCGCCCCGACCCCGCCGCCUCGGAGGGGCCCCCGGGGGAGGGCUGCCCGGGGGCCGGCGGCGGGGUGCGGGGGGGGCUGUACACCCAGACGCUCCAGUGCCUGUGCAGCGAGGGGGGGGUCCCGGCCUCCACCUCGGCCCCGCUCCUCCGCCGGCUGCACUGCCAGGCCCACGAGGCCGUGCCCUACGACCUCUUCCGGCAGGGCGUGCUCACCUGUGCCGUGUUCUCCGACUACAUCCGCCAGGCGCAGCGGCUCUACGCCCAGGUGGGCUGCCCGGCCGAGGGCCCCGCGUCCCGGGCCCUCUGCCGGGCCGUGCUGGGGACCCUGCAGGAGGCCCUGGAGACGUCGCAGGGCCCCGGGGCCCAGCGCUCCCCCAACGCCAACAACGCCAACGCCGCCCCGGAGGCUAACCUGAAGGCUAACCGCUACCUGGAGGCCAGCGCGAAGAUCUCCUCCCACAAGGUGGCCCAGGUCAUGGCCCGGGGGGGGCGGGCCCCGGGGCCCGGGGGGAACAUGGACGCCAAGGAGUUUGAGAACGCGGCGGCAGAGCUCUUCAUCGCCCGGGUGAGGGUGGUGUCCUAGAGGGGCGUGGCCUGGAGGGGCGUGGCCUGGAGGAUGCUACCUAGAGGGGCGUGGCCUGGAGGAUGCUACCUAGAGGGGCAUGGCCUGGGGCGUUGUAGGAGGGGUGUGGCCUAGAGGGGCAGGGCCUGGAGGAUGCUACCUAGAGGGGCGUGGCCUGGAGGAUGCUACCUAGAGGGGCGUGGCCUGGGGCGUUGUAAGGAGGGGUGUGGCCUAGAGGGGCAGGGCAUUGAAAGGUGUGGCCUGGAGGGGGGUCGCCAUGUCGUCUGGUUCCAACAGAUGUUCGUCUGUACCUUCAAAAAAAAGUGUCAUGUAGCAGUUUAAAAUGAAAUAGGCAAGCUAAGUACAGAUACAAAAGAAGUAGCAUAUGGAGGCUUAACUUAAUUUAUUUAUUUAAUAUUUAUAAUAAGGCUUACAAAAAUUAUUUGAUGGCAAUUUGCUGACACUCAGACAUGAAAAAAGACUAAAAGACUUACUUAUAAGCUGCACGUUUAGUUGCUUACUUUGACUCUGUUUCCAACCGUCCAAAAAAAAACACAAGUCAAGUACUUCCUGUGGGAAAUCAGCUUUGCCAUCUAAAAUGCAAUGCAUUUGGUUUCAAACACAAAAAUUGCAUUGCAAUGAAUUUAUUGAAUGAUCAAAUAAAGUCCAUAUAUCUACCAAUCAUGUACAUAGUGGAACACAGAGGUAAUUGAAACAAACCUGUUGCCAAAUAUAACAAAAUAAUAACUUUGUCAAAUAAAUCCGUGAUUGAGAUGCAUGUCAGAAUUCACAUUUGCUGUAUUCAUUUCGUCUGGAUUAAAAAUAUUCCAAAACUAAAAAA